UCGUGUGGAAUUCCAAUGGCGCAACAGUCGCUAACAAUGCAUCCAGUUGUCAACAUGAGGUGCUUACCUAAAAUAUUGAUUGUCCUUGUGGUGAUGAAGAGCUGCUCUGCAGCGCCUGCUGCUCGAGUGGAAACCGAUCCCGAGCUGACAGCUGGCUAUACUGAGGGCGAUAUGAUACUGGGUGAUCAGAACCGAAAUGGAUUGAUCAAUGAAACCUAUCGCUGGCCCGAUCGCAUUGUCUACUAUUUCAUCAAUAGCUACAUUGAUCAGGAGCAUCGUAAUCACAUUAUUCGCGGCAUACGUUUGCUCGAGGCGAAUUCCUGUCUCAUCUUCAAGGAAGCCACCAGCGAUCAGCCUUACUAUGUCAAUGUCACCUCUGAGGCCGGCGGCUGUUUCUCGUAUGUCGGCUACAGAAACCGUGUGCAACAGUUGAAUUUGCAGAAUUAUGAUUUGGACACGGGCUGCUUCCGUCUGGGCACCAUUGUGCAUGAGUUUCUGCACGCCUUGGGCUUCUACCAUCAGCAAAGUACGUGGAAUCGCGAUGAUUACGUUCGCAUUGUCGAGGAGAACAUCACAGAGGGCACGGAAAACAACUUCAACAAGUACGACAAGGACACAGUGGACAACUAUGACGAGGACUACGACUACGGCAGCGUAAUGCACUACAGCUCCACGGCUUUCUCCAAGAACGGCAAAAUGACCAUUGUGCCCUUGGAAGAGGGUGCCGAUCUGAUAAUGGGACAGCGACUACAAAUGAGUACUGCCGAUAUUAACAAAUUAAAUACUAUGUACAAGUGUCCGAGAAAAGUUUGAGUCGUUUCACAAUAACAUCAGCUAAAUCGAUCAA